CCAGCACUCGAAUAAUACUUAGCUACAUUAUUAUAUUACCAUUUCGACAUAAUUCACUUGUGUAGUAAAACUAUUUAAAAAUGAUCACUCACAAUUACAUUUUUUUGGCAUUAUAUUUCAUAUUAACAGUCAACUUUCAUAUGAUUGAGUCAACAAGCAAAAUUUCGCCGUCAUAUUACAACAGUCAAACAUUCUCUCAUUCUUACAUUGAUAUAGUGAAUACUUUGAAAACCUACAACCAGAACGAAAUAAAAUUUAAUGAAAAAGAACGAACAAUUCUGACAACUCCUGUUCAGACUUACAGUAACACCAAAGGCCGCAACACGGUGUUUGAUAAACUUGAUAAGAAAAUCCAAGACAUUAAAUGUACUUGCUCAUUAAUCGUAAAAACGAAAUUGGUGUACUUGGCAAAUAUUCUGGAUGGGUUGCAAAGAGGUGAAUCUAUCCAGUUUACAUGGGGAGAACUAAACGUUGUGAAGGAAGAGGCGGGUUUUAUGCUCCUGUUGUUUCAAAAAGGCCAAUACAAUGCGGGUAAGUGGUUCUGGAGUUAUUAUUUCAAAAUCAUGGCGAUCAUCGAAUACGAAAGCAACAAAAAUUUCUUUGAGGAACCCCCUUUCGGUGAAGAGGAAUUACAAAGUGAUAUUACGAAUUUCAUAAAAUAUUGCAAGGAUAAUAAAUACCUUCCCAGAAACAGGACAGAGUCUGAAUUGGUGUCGAAAAAUCCCAAUGUACCAAAUAACAUCUUUCGAGUUCUGCGUGCGUCUGAAAUGAUUGAUAUAGAUUAUGUUAACGUCAUGCAGUACAUAUCGAUCGACUAUUUGUAUCUGAAACCGUUAUGGGAUGAACACGACUUAUUGUUCAGACAAAUAACCGGUUCAGCCGUAGAAUGGAAGCCGACGAUAAGACGAUACGCAGUCGAAGUGAAUAAAACCAAAGAAUACGUUAAAAACCGCCAAUGGAUAUCGGAACCGUUCGGACACCUUAGUUACCACAAGUUGAUUAAACAAAUUAUCAGUGUGAGGAUUUACACCUUUCUGUGGGUAUUGUUGGUAAUAUUCAACAACGAAAUGCCUAAAAUGAAUCCUUUCCGUUUAAAUCUUGCGUAUUUGGAUACAAUGGGAACAAUUGAUAGGGUACAAAAGUAUAUGCACUAUACCGAAACUUUAUUUUUUGAUUUAGUUGCAGCGUUUAAUGGUGCAAAGUACGAAGAUCCAAUAAAUUUUGAUAGCCUUAUAGCUAGAAUAUCGGAGAGAGUUAAAGACAUUCUCGUCGAGUUGAAUGGGAGAAGUUCAAAUGGAAGCAAUUGGAUCUGUGUUAAUAUAAACGAAGACUUUACCUAUGAUAUGAUAUUGGAAUUUCUUCAAGAAUUUGACGACAACUUUAGUCAGUUAAAUGAAAAGUUAACGAUUUUAAACUAUGAUCUUGCAUUAGGUAUGCUUGUCGAAGGACACUGAUGUUAUUGGGGAUAAUGACCAAAUAAGUUAUCUAGCAUAGCAUUUAUUAUUUUUAUUACCUCAUUCCAUACUAAUAGAGUAAGUCUGUCAAAUCCUAUUUGGUCAUUCAUUUCCUUUUCUAUGAAAUCCUCUAAAUCUCUUUAGCGUGUUAUUAUUUUAAUUGCUUUCUUUUUUUACAAUACAUAAUUAUGAAAAACACACAUCGUAUUAUCUAUUAUACACAAUAAAUAAUUUAAUAUUAUUUCUAUAAGUUAUAUAUUGGCUGUAAAACGGUAUGAGGUGAAGAAAAAUGGCGAAAUAAUGUAUCUACAUAGGCACAUAAUCUAUAGUGUACACGUUGUAUUUUUCAAAUUAUAUCUAAAAUAUAAAUCUUAUUAUC